UUUCUUCUUGAAUAGUUGUUCAACCGGAUUCCGGUGUCAAAUUCAAGACUUAAGAACAAGCAGGGGACGAAACGGCGUCCAUUGUACUGAUCUCACACAAAGAUUGCAUCUGUUUGGGUUAACUUGUCAUGAGUCGGAAUGAAGUGUCUCAAGAACUGGAAUUUAUUAGAACAGAAUCCAGACAGAACCUCAUCAAGCGCACGGCAGAAGGUAUGUUUCACAGUAAUACUUAAUAAUGUAUUUAACAAAAACAAUAUCAUUGACCAAUACUUUGCUUUUAUGAAGGUAUCAAGUGGGAUUCCUCUCGCCAGGAAGUUAUGUUAUGCGGUUGGAGGCAUCCCUAAUCAGCUGACCUCUGUGGCCAUCGGUGUCUCGCUGCAGAUCUUUCUUCUGGAGGUUGCACAGCUGGAUGUUUUCUCCACCUCCAUCAUUUUAUUUGUGAGUCGGGCCUGGGAUGCAGUGACUGAUCCUUUGGUUGGAUACCUAGUGAGCCGCAGCAAGCCAACGCCGAUCGGCAAACUCACUCCUUGGGUGGUUCUGUCGACGCCGUUCGGCGUCCUGUCGUAUGUGCUGCUGUGGUUUGUUCCACGGGACAUCCACAAGACAUCUCUCAAGACGACGUGGUUUGUCGCAACUGCCUGCCUCUUUGAGACCCUCAUGAGUGUGAGGCGGCCAUCUCCUUGUCAUCUAUCUCUGCCCACUCACUCCCCCCCCCCACACCCCCAUCACACUAAGCUGUGUCACCAUGGCUACCAUUUCACACCAUCCUCACAGCCUGUGUCAUGUUUUCUUUACCUUUGUCGUUUUUAUCAGGGCUACAAUGUCCCCUAUCUUUCCUUGAGUAUGUUCCUCGGAGGAGACAAGAGAGACAGAGACUCGGUCACCGCUUAUAGAAUGUGUGUGGAGAUGAUAGCCAUGCUGUUAGCAUCCGUCAUCCAGGGUCAGGUCGUGGCUCUGUACAACACAGAAAAGCAGGAGGCCUGUGAACACCUCCAACAUGAUGGACCUCCAAGUUCAUCUCUACCGCAUGUUGCAUCACUCCAAGAGACGCAAAAGGCUUUCCUGAUAUCAUCUAUGGUUAUUGGAGGGCUGUUUUUCAUCAGCAGCAUUGUUCUCUUUUUGGGGGUGAAGGAGCAGCAGGGCCCCGUGAGCUCCAUUCACAAAGUGAGACCAUCCUAUAUAAACUCGCUGAAGAUGCUGAUCUGUCACAUCGGUUACCAACGUCUGGUCCUCGGAUUUGUGUUCAGCGCUUUUGCAUUUCAGACAUCCUUGGGAAGUUUUGCCCUUUUUUGCAGCCUUGCAUCUGGACUCAGCGAUCAGUUCCAGCACCUCCUACUGGCUUUACUGGUUUCUGCAUCAGUAGCGGUUCCUGUAUGGCAAGUAGUUCUCCUGAGAAUUGGGAAAAAGGCCACGGUUUUCAUCGGGCUCUCGCUUUUCAUCCCAGCGUCAAUCAUCGUAGCCUGCGUUCCCAGCAACUUCCCUGUCUUCGUGAUGAUGUGCAUCUUGAUGGGAUUCAGCGUGGCGACUAUAUUUUUGUUACCCUGGUCCAUGCUCCCUGAUGUGGUAGAUGACUUUGCCUUGACUUAUCCAUCCUAUAAAGAUCUGGAGCCGCUGUUUUUUUCCUGCUAUGCAUUCUGCAAUAAGCUGGCAGGAGGCCUCGCUGUUGGAUUCUCCACGUUGAUUUUGCAAUUUGUCGGAUACAGAGCUGGUGCGUGUCACCAUGGCGACGGAGUGGUGACGGCUCUGACUGUGCUCUUUUCACCUGUUCCCAUUGUUCUACUGUUAAUCGGGAUGACAUUUUUUUACACCUAUCCCAUCAAUGAGAGGCAAUGUUUGUCAAGCCAAGAAGCAGCCACAGUUCAUCCAGAAUCCCCAUCUUCAUCAUCCGAGCAAAGGGAAAGUGAAGAGCAGAAUGCUGGCGUGACAGCAAUUUCACAUCUUAACACAUCGCAGGAGUCCAAUACAUCACCUCGUGCAGGCAACCAUGUUAAAAAUGAUGCAGUGCGAUUGUCUGUCAUAUCCAUUGACUUAAAUUCUGCAAAUGACAGCAAAUCAGUCUUUCGGUCAGAUGUAAAUCAUAAAUAUGACAGGCGGAGUAUCAGCACUCAGAGGCUAAUGGAAGUGUCUAGAUGCUCAAAGAAGAGAUUCAAAGUCUCUUGGGUAUAGCAAGACACAUACUUCCUGUAACGGUUUGAAAUGUUUUUGAUUAAAAGCUUAA